GUGGGGGGUCUGGAUAUAAACCGCAUUUUUCACUGCAAUGUCACAUCAUUCAGCUUAAGGCUCUUUGUCUCAGCACAUCAAAGCAAUGGGAAAAGAGAACUCCAAACUUCUUAAUAAACCGUGGAGGGAAAUAAACUGGGGAGAAAGACAGAGGGUACUGCAGUCUGUUCAGGACUACAAACCUCAUAUUGAAGGCCUGCAGCUCCGGAUUCUUCUUCAUGGGCUAGUUGGAACUGGAAAGUCCAGUUUCAUCAACUCUGUUAGAAGUGUCCUAGAAGGGAAAAUGUGCAUACUGGCUGCAGCCGAAAACGCACAUCAUGGCUGUUUCACCAAAAAGUACACAACCUACAAGAUCCAAAAAGGAAGUCCAGACGUCUUUUACCCUUUAGUCCUCAAUGAAAUGAUUGGUCUAAAAAACGGCACCCCCAGAAACAGAAAAAUCCACGUGAAAGAUGUCACGCAGUUGAUGAAGGGAGGUGUGAAAGACGAUUACAUGUUCAAUCCUGAAUGUAAGAUAUCGAAGGACGAUCAAUACUACAACGCUUCCCCAACUGUCAACGACAAAGUCCAUGUUCUGGUGUCUGUUAUUGAUGCCAACACAGUAUCUCUGAUGAAGCCCCAAGUUCUGGAGGUAAUGCUGGACAUCAGAAAAGAGGCCAAAGAACUGGGAAUCCCUCAAGUGGCCAUUCUCACCAAAAUUGACAAGGUCUGUCCUGAAAUCAAAAAAGAUAUAAAGAAUGUCUACAGGAGCAUAAAGCUACAUGAAAAGAUGAAGGAGUUCAGUGCAAACAGUGGAAUUCCGAUGGACAACAUCUUCGCUGUGAAAAACUACCAUGAAGAAAUCAACUUAAACAGUGACGCUGACUCACUGAUCCUGAGCGCCCUGAGACACAUCAUCAGCACCGGAGAAGACUUCCUGAAUCGUAACAAUGCAUAAUGUUCUGAUAGACGUGCUUGAAGAACAGCUGAAUUUAAUGGUGAAUAAAAACUAUAAUGCGACCUCAAUAUGAGAACUGGUUGCAGUGAUAAAUGGGAUUGUUUGUAGAUUGUGGUUGACUGGGAAAAUCUUAUUUUCCAAGAUAAUACAGGUGCACAUUGUUCACUCCAAGUACAUUAAAGUUAUUAAAAUCAGUCCAGUGAAU